AUGCGUACUGCGUCGCUGUACACCUGUAUCCACCCAAUCACGGCUUUUCAUUCCACUCGAGAUCCAUACCUACAACAAACUGAUUGCGAAUCAUGUAACCCGUACCUGUGUGGCUCGAACCGAUCAGACCGAGGUCUCUCGUUAGCACACAACGGCCGUUGUACGGACAAGGAAAUGGUCGAGUCUCUGUGCAUCUCACAGAAGUGCCACCACAUAUAUAUGCCCGUGUGUGGGAGUGACGGGGAUACAUACACAAACCUGUGCGAGCUUGAGCUGGCAAGGUGUACUGAUGCUACGCUCGAGCCCGUUUCGAAUGGUGUGUGCGGGGCUGCAGCGCCUGCUACUGCGGAG